GAUAGUUCCCAUCGCAAUUUGGGAACUACUAACGAGUAAAAUUGUUAAGUUUGUUUGAGUGAGCUCUAGUUAAAGAAAACAAAAGAUCCCGUAAGUUUAGAAUAUGGGUCUUUUCGGAAAGUCCCAGGAACGGAAUCCCAAGGAAAUGGUUCAAGAAUGGUCAUCAAAAUUAAGGAAGGAGUCCUAUGCUCUGGACCGGCAGAUCCGAUCGAUCCAGCGAGAGGAGGAUAAAAUUAAGCGAUCAUUGAAGGAAGCUGCUAAAAAGAACGACAAGGAAGUGUGUACGAUUUUGGCCAAGGAAAUUUUACGAUCCAGGAAGGCGGUCAACAAGAUGUAUACCAGUAAGGCACACAUCAAUUCGGUGCAGUUGCAGAUGAAGAACCAGCUGGCAACGGUGCGGGUAGCUGGUUCGUUAGCCAAGUCUACCGAGGUAAUGCAAGCCAUGCAGUCGCUGGUGAAACUUCCGGAAGUGGCCGCUUCGAUGCGGGAGAUGUCCAAGGAAAUGAUGAAGGCCGGCAUCAUAGAAGAGAUGAUCGAUGAGACGAUGGAAUCGCUGGAGGACGUUGACGAGAUGGAGGAAGAAGCGCAGAAGGAAAUCGAUAAGGUGCUAUGGGAGAUCACGGCCGGAAAGCUGGGCGAAGCUCCGUCGGCACCGAUGGCUGCACCGACGAAGGAAAGCGAAGGGGAAGCUUCCGGUGUGUCGGCGGUGGAAGCCGAAGACGACGAGGAAGACAUGAAGGACAUGCAGAGCCGGUUGCAGGCGCUGCGGUCGUAAUCCACUGUGGCUUGAGUUACGUUAUUUUUUUUAUUUCUUAGAUAAACCGAUAUGCCCGCUCUAAAUACCAGCAAAUAGGACCGUUUUGCUAGGGGUCAUGCUUUUCCAUUUCGUACCCUGCGCGCUUUGUUCGGUUUGUACAUAUUUUCACGUUAGUGAAUGUAAAAGCGGGUAACAGUAGAGUUGCGUCCGUCGAGCAGCGUAUUCGAGAAACGGCAAAAUUGGGGGGAAUGUUAAGUAAUCGAAUGUUAUGUUCAGUGAAAAUGUAUUAAAAUCAUAAAACAUACAACACAUGCUAGUGCACUAAAAUAUAUUUGAACACU